GCAUUAUUAACCAUACUGGAGCUCCAUGCAAGGCAGAAACCUUUCCUAGCGGACCCGUGCGCGUGUAGGCCUAUUGAUGCAUGAUGGAAUAUUGUUCGGAUCAUAUUUUGGCAUCAACGAAAUUGGUCCACCGUUUCCCACAACACUAAUCAACUAGAAUUCAUUUCAGAAUUGAAUUCAGAACGUUAAACGCUUGUAUUCCUAACGUCAUGUGAAAUAUUCAGUAAGUCACCUGGUACUGGGUAAAGUGAUAGUCAUUGUAACGGAAAUACACACCAUGCCCAAUAGAACAGAACAGAUGUCGAUGGAAACCAGAAGUGACCGAGUCAGUUAUGGUCCUGGGUCAAUACAUGCUCGACUCUUCACGAGGAUUCCAUGUAUUAUGAUUUUCUUACAAAUCAUAAUGAUGGCGCUUCUAACCUUCCUUACUGUUUACAUCCACGGACCACCAACAUUUGACGAUGCAUCAAGUGGUAUUGAAGCUCGCGGGACUCCAAUUCAUGACCGCAUAAUUCCUCUAGAAAACAUCUUUCUUGGAUCUGACGUUAUUUCUCCAAAUCCAAACCUUUCCUUGGGUAGUUCUACCAUCAUGUCUACAGCCAGUGACUUCGAUUCUACCACGAACUCAACAAUAUAUACCGCCGGGACUCCUUCGAUACCUAUUUGUGGAAAUCCAAGUGGGAGUAGCUUUAGGGCUGUAUACGCCCCCUCGUCUUCGACAGUGGAACUCUUAACACUUAAAACUCUACUAUCUAUGUGCCAACAAGAUGACAUCUUUGUGCGUAACAGUUCAACUUAUGAGACGGUAUGCACCAAGUUGUCUGAUUCUUCGAACCAAUGCUGUCCAUCUUGGUCCAUCCCAAACUACAUAGGCGCCCUAGCCGGGAGGUCCUCUUGUCACGACCUCAAAGCUGAUGACGUUACAUUUGCCAGAGCACUGCUAUCCGAGUGUGCACCAUAUUAUACAUCUGGAGCUUUGUCCGCCGAUUGUGGAUCGGGCGCUGACUGCCCAGAGGUGCCAUUGAACUGUACAACUUUCAACGCCAUUUACGUCAUGCUGUUUGCAAACUCACCGAGUGACUUUUCAUUCCAGGUUGCUGAGACGGGAGACCUUUCACUAACCAAUUCCUUACAGAUUGUUUCGUUAAACUCAUCGUUUAGUAAUGGACCGCGCAUGCUUUAUAAUGACGCAGCAGACAGACGCUACGUGGACAAUGGUAUUACUAAAAUUGAGGCAAUCGGUACCAACAGAGUCACUAAAUAUUUUCUCAUAUCAGAACCACUAAUGCAGGAUCUAAUAUACGCCGCGAUAGGUGGUGCGGUCGUACUCCUGAUAAUGUGGUUGUAUUUAAGUUCAUUUUUCAUUGCCAUUAUGGUGAUCUUUGAAAUAAUAUUUUCUGUGUUAUUGGCAUACUUUUUAUACUUUGUCGUAUUCCGCCUUACUUUCUUUGCAUUUGGAAACAUGCUUGCUAUUAUUCUAAUAUUAGGGGUAGGAGCAGAUGAUGCAUUCAUCUUCUACGACAUAUUUGAAAAUUUAAGGAGAAAGCACCCGGAUGCUACACAAGAGUUCAUUUUAGACAAAACAAUGAAGCAUGCCUUUCCUACCAUGUUUGUCACAAGUUUUACCACAGCAUCUGCUUUAUUUGUCAAUGUUACCAGCUCCGUAACAAAUAUUCGCCUCUAUGGCAUUUAUGCAGGGACAGUGGUGUUGUGCAAUUUUUUGUUUACAUUGACUUGGUCUCCAGCUGCUGUCAUCAUCUAUGAUAGGCAUCUAAGGCUGCUUUUCCAGGCAUCAUCGACCAGUAAGGAAACAGGUUUCCAUAAAAUUAGAAACAUUUGGCAUAAACUGCGGGCAUUCUUUCGGCGUAUCUUUGAAGUAUACCUCCCGGCGCUUGCAUUCAAACUUCGUUUUCUUUGGAUUCUUAUGUUCACUUGUAUUUCAAUUGGAGCACUCCUUGUUGUAUUCUGGCGGCCCCAGCUUAGAGUACCGACUUCAAACACAGAAUUCCAAAUCUUCACAUUGAAGCACCCACUUGAGAGGUAUGACCAGUUGUUUAGAUCAACAUUCGAUAUCGAGAGAGCUAAAUUGGCGCCUUUACAGUUCAUUGUCGUCUGGGGCAUUGUUCCGAUUGACAAUGGAGAUCCUUUUGAUCCUACGAGACGCGGUUACGUUCAACUUGAUAAAUCAUUCAGUCUUGAUGACCCCGAAUCCCAAGUCUGGUUACUUAAUUUCUGCUCGGAGGUUCGACAGCAAAGUUUUUAUAGCUCACCAUCUGUUGUCUACGAAGACUGUUUCAUUGAGAAGAUGAAGGUUUUUAUGGAAACGCCAUGUGUACCCUCAAGUAUUGGUACUGACUUCUCACCCUGCUGUAGUCAAACUUCUUUUCCAUAUUCCGCGGACUUACUGAAAUUGUGCGCUCCAAAAUACGCAGCGUUCGUCUGCGAAUCAAUAGGUGGCGGCUGUCCUGCAGCUCUUCCUGGUCUCCGAUUCGACUCAGAAAACAACAUCAAUGCAUUUUUUGUCCAGUUCCAGAGCACAACUUUGUCGCAACUGGAAUUCGAUCCUGCGAAGGACUACUUCGAUACAGCUCUUGCUUGGGUAGAAGAAAAGGUUAAAACUGCUCCUGGUGGUUUACAAAGUGGAUGGUUUGGAACACAUAGUCUUGCACAACCAUUUUAUGUUGAUCUCAUCAUUAACCUGUUACAAGAUACGCCUCUUGCAAUUGGUUUAUCAUUGAUCAUUGCAAUGGCAGUAUUGCUCAUCACCAACAGAAAUGUUCUAAUUGCAUUUUACGCUACACUGUCAAUCGGUGGUGCUGUUAUUACAUCGGUGGCAAUCUUUGUCUUGAUUGGGUGGGAUCUUAGUGUGUUUGAGUCAGCGUUGAUUAUCCUAACUGUUGGCCUUGCUACCGAUUUCACCAUCCAUUACGGGGUUGCCUACCGUCUGGCGCCACACAAUGACAGGAAGAACCGUGCCCAAUACUCUUUAUCAAAUCUAGCUUCUGCGAACACCAUGGCAGCCUUGUCCAGUUUCUUAGUAGGAGCACUUAUAUUACCAGCCAAUGUCUUGAUUUUCUAUCAACUUGGUAUCGCUCUAGAAGUUGCCAUCGCCGUAAGCUGGGCAUUUGGGACCCUUUUCUUCAUACCACUAUGUUACGUAGCAGGACCCCAGGGAACUUGCUGUCUAAUCAGUUGUUGCUGUCGAAAAUCACGUGAAAACAACCAACAGUAAUAACUUGAAAAUAAUGAUAGUCAAAUAUAUUUUUUCAAAAUGUAGCAGCAGCCUUGAAAAGGUGAGAGAAAAAAUAUUUUUGUAUCAAGAAAAGUAACAAAAUAAUAUUAUUCGAGCUUUUUUAAUAAUUUCGACAUUUGAAAAAAAAGGUAAAUACUUGUUAAAUCAAACUGAACAGAACGAAGAGAAUGAGUGUAAAAUUUGAAACUGGUUAUACAUGUAUGUUAUGCAAAAAUAGUAAUUUAACAUUAAAAACUAAAUCUUCUUUGAAGAUUCGCCCUUAACCCUUUGUACGCUGAAUUAACUAUGGGGAGAUGAUUAUAACAAUUGUAUUUAUGAUAUUUUCUUUGAAUCUAGAAUUCGACAGGGACCUAUCCACGGAGGAUUAGUCUAUUGUUACUGGGGGUGCUGAGCAUUGUCACAGCACCCCCGGUAACAAUAGAUAAUCCUCCGUGGAUAGGUCCAUGGAAUUCGACAUUGCAUCACUCAUAUUGAUACCUAUAGAACUAUGAUCAUUCACGACCUUAAAGGUGAAGUUCAACUUGAAGAAAAGUCUGUUGUAACAAUAAUAGAAAAAAUAAAAAAGAAUAAUGGUGAAGGUUUGAGGAAAAUCCAUUAUUAGAACUUUGAGUUUUGAAUUUGUGACGUCAUGAACGAGCAGCUGCCCCAUACAAAAUACAUACAUUUCGAUUUCUUAAUGGUUCGUGGUGACUAUUGACCUGAUGACGUGUGAAAUGGUUCGUCUAUUGAAGGUAGGCCCCUACAGUAAAAACAAUUUUCUAUUUUCUGAGAAAAUGACAUUUUAUUGAUUUUUUUCCGAUAUGCAGGAAAGCUGCUCGCAUAUGACGUCACAAAUCAAAUGAUUAAAAUUCUAAUAACUCUUUUUAUUUAUUGAUGGACUUUUCUAAAACCUCCGGCAAUAUUUUUUAUUAUUUUUUCUGCUAUUUUUACUCACAAAAAAAAUGUCAGGGUGAACUUCCCCUUUGAUUAGCAUAUCAUGGGUUAAAGAAAAAUUCCACCCCAACAAAAGGUUAAUUGUAAAAAAAAUAAAACAAAUUGGAUGUCAAAUCAGAAAAUUAUAACAUUUUAAAAUUUAGCUCAAUUACAAAAAACAUUAAUGUGCAAUCAUGCAUAUCAUGGUCGGUAUGCGGAUGAGAUGAUAGAUGACGUCAACCCACUCACUGUUUCUUUUGUAAUGUAUUAUACCAAGAAAUAUGAAAUAUAUUUUAUUUUCUCCUCAUU